AUGAGAAUUAGAUCCACUAUUGCCUUUCACAUGGUAAACUUUGAUCAGAAGGCAGAAUUGAUUCUUUGCAGACUGCAUGCACUUGCUUUUUCUCAUAUGAUUCUUGCUAAGAAUCAGAAUGCAACUCAUCUGAUGAUGCAUAAUACAUUGGGAUUUGUUAGGCAAAGACAUAGCAUCAACCAAAUCAUGGCCGCAAAAUCAGACUUUGCUCAGAAGCUGCUCCACGAUCUUCGGCUGAGGAAAGAGAGAAUGGCUGCCGCUCAGAACUCGAGCAGCUCAAAUUUGACAUCCAGAGGUGCACAUGGAAGCCCAGGGCCAGCGUAUAAAGGCUCUCGACAAGUUAAAGCUUUAGAACCUGUUGGUCCUAGAUCUGGGGGCUUAAUCAGAAAAGGCAGUAGUGGCACUGGACAGCUUCGCAUUGGAGACUCUUCAAAUCAAAUUGUUCUCUAUGGAAAAGGCAGAAGUUCGGAGCAUAUAGGAGAUCUGUCAACAGCUCUAGCGUUUGCCUUUGGAAAUGGGGGGAAGUUCAACAAAAUAGAUGCUUCAGGCGGGAACCCAAUGCUAAAUUUUCUCCAGCGAAUUGGCAGGAGAUCUCUAGACACUGGAAGAAUGGACAUAGUGACUAAUAUUGAUAUGCAUACUUCAACCACUCAGUUUCCUUCUUUCUCUCAUAUCCAUAUUCAUGAAAUAUCAAAAGGGGUGCAAAAAUUAAACCAGAUUCUCAGAGCCUGUUCCAAUGGCCUCAAUUUUGAUAGAUACUCCGUUGAAGUUGGCAAGGAACUGCUCAGAGGUGCCAUGGAUUUGGAAGAGUCCCUCCGAAUGCUGGUAAACCUGCAGGAAGCUUCGGAUUACAUGAUCAAUUCUCAAAGGAAGAAUAAGAUCAAAUUGAUUGAGGAAGAUGAAGAUGACGAAACUGAGACAGCAAAAGAAAAUGACUUGAAGCAACUGGCUCGUCCAAGAUUCUCAUUUGAUAAGCCCAACAGGAAAUCACAAAGCACCAAGGAGGCACCACAGAAUGGUAUCAAGCAGCAAUUGAUGGCCUUGACAUAUCCGGAAGAAACUCCGAAACUGCAAGAAAAGCAACCUCGAAGUAGAUCCAAUUCAUUCUCUCAUGCAAGAUCUGCUACUUGUGUUCCAGACCUCAAAGCUCUUUCAACGUACUUGGAACCAAAUGGUCACUCGAUUUCACAUUCAAAACCUGAGAAAGGGAGAAUACCAAAUGUCAUCGCAAAACUUAUGGGUCUCGAAGAACUUGCUCCAAAAGAUGGGUCGAAAACCACACCAAAAGAAAUGAGAUCCAAGAAAAAGGAAAAGACAGUCUCAUUGAAAAGUCAAACUCCUGCGGACUCACAGGCUCAAGAAACAGGGAGUAACCCACCAACCACAGCUAAUAAAAACGCGCUAUCAUCAAACAAAUCAGCAACGAGGGAUGCCAGACUUAUGAUGGAAGCAGAAAACUUUCAGUCUAUCCCAAAUGGCAGCUCUCCAGUGGUUGUUUCUCACAAAAACUCCCGUUGGCAGGACUUCGAAGCGGCAGCUAGAAAAGAUGCAAGUCCAGGUUCAAAAAGAGCCACAGUGGCAAGUAAACAACAAAACAGAAUCAGCCAACAUGACGAAACGCUUGGAUACACAAAAGUUUUACAAGAAAAGGAGAAAGCAGAAGAUAACAAAGAGGACAAAGAAAAGAACAUCAGAAAGGCAGGCGAAAGGAAGGAUCUAUUCUUAAAUGAUGUCCCGCUGCAAAACGGACCAGACAGACACAGAUUGUCAGAAGGUGAAGAUGUAUCAGAAGAAAAUGUUGAGGUCAAAAGAAAUGCAAAUCAAACAGGAAAUAGAACUGCAAUUCAAACAAAAAAUAGCAAUGGCGGCAGUAUUCACACGAGCAAGCAACAGAAGCACCAAAAUAAUAUGCAACAGCCGCAGAUGCUUGAAAGACGUGAUCAUCCAGAAGGGAAAAAAAGGCAACAACCUCCAAAACAAAGAUUGCAGGCUAGAGAACCUAAAGGAAAUCAAGUGGAGUCAAUUGUUACAUUGAAGGCCAAGAACAGACCAAAAAGUUCACAAAAGAAGCAAUCAUCUGCAAAUUUAGCUACAGCUGCAGCUAACCAGAAAAAUGCAAUGAAACACAUUGAAGUAAAGCCGUCAAAAGAUCUGGCCAACAGCAGACACCAUGAGCAUCGUGCAAUACAUUCUGUCCAUUUCCCUCUGCCACAUGGAAAAGCUAAUUACACGAAAACGUUGACAGGUCAGACCCAUCAGAAGGAAGAUGCAGCAGUGAACAAAAUAAAUGGAACUUACGAUGACCAGGCAAGAUCAAACAAUCAUCAGUCCCCAAUUCCACAAGAGAAGAAACAGCAGAAGGAUGAGAAACUCAGCCACUCCAACGGAGUAAACCAGGAGACAAACAUUGAAUCUGAAGAAGCAAAUCUAGGCAUCAGAGGUCUUGAUAAACCAGAAGUUAGCACAGAACCAUUAAAGAGGAAGGAUUCCUUGGACAAUGAAUGUGAAGAACAGAACUUCUCCAAUUCGGGAGAAGAAGACUAUGCACGUCUGGAAGCUUCAAAAUCUCAAACCUGUGAUGACAAUAGUAAUGAGAUGACACCAGACAUACAAGAAAUUCCAGAAGACCAGCAACAUGGAGACAAAGCAACAAUGUCCUCCAAUGAUUUCCCACUGAAAUCUCAGAAAGCCUUACAUAUUCAACUUACAGGAAUGGAUGAAGUAAGUAGAGGAAUUAGUAAUGUGGUGCGUCGUGAUCACACGAGGAUCCCUCCAACAGGGGCAGCGGAGCUACUCACAGAAUUUGAAAAGCAUCUCAAGGAAAAGUUGAUAAAAGGUCAACUAUUUCUAAACACAGCAGAGGCAAUUUUCAAACUCAACAUACCUGUCAGCAUACUUCAUGGCCAUGAUCACAUUGGUCGAGAUACAGAAACUAAACUCAUAUUAGACUGUGGAUAUGAGUUGCUAAAGAAAAAGGGACAAAGACAAGAAUUUUCAGUUUAUCCAUGCAAAGGAAUGUCCAUCAGUUAUAUCAAAGUAAGGUCAUUGGAUAAUUUGGUCAAGCAACUGAGCAAGGACUUUGACGUGUUAAAAUUUUAUGGAGGGACGAUUGGGAGCCAAGACUGUGAUGCGGCAGAUUACUUGCAUAAGAUGUUGGAGAAGGAUUUCCGAAAUGGGCAUGCAGAUGUGAGCAGCAUGUGGGAUUUUGGCUGGAAUGAGAAGACAUUUGCCUUCCUUGAAAAGGAUGAUCUUGUUAAGGAUUUAGAGAAGCAUAUACUAAAUGGACUUCUAGAUGAGAUCACACGUAAUCUAUUACACAUUGCUGUUUCGGCUUGAUUGUUUCAAAGCACACAUCUUGACAGUCUAAAGAUCGUAUUUUGUUUAUUAAUUUAAGAAAAAAAAACCUAUGUAAUAGUUUUGAAUUGAAUUUUGCAGUUUUGU